UAUGUUGGAGUUCAGUCUCAUGUUAAACUUGAAAAUAUGGAAAUGAACAAUCAUACCAUUAGAAGAUUUAAGUGUCAAAACAUGAAUUCAAACCCAGUCAGAUGGUUUAUAAAAAAAAAGGUGCAAUAGUAUUUCUAAUUUGGACUUCAAUCUAAUGCUAUUAGAUGUUUAUUGUAAUUUACAUAAAAGCCUGAAUUAUUUAGUUCAAGGCUGUUGUAAAUUUGUUUUUCCAUAGCCCUUGUAAACCUUCAUUGUAGCCAAACAGAGGCACUGCACCGGUCAUGAACUUGGAUAAAAACCCAAACUAAUACGAAAUAAUGGGUUACAGUCAUGUAAAAGGUAGGUUUAUUUCAGUGUAAUUAGGUUUGGUGUAGGUUUAUUAGUUGAUAGUUGACCUCAAAAUGAAAGACACACUUUUCUAUAAAUCUGGUAUUUCCUCCCCUUAUGCAGGACAUGAAUUUGCACUCUGUAAACCUGAAUUAGUUGAGUUUACUAGAAAUUUGUGUGGAAACCCUGUUGCCUUAACCCACUGUAGUUUUUACACAUGCCGAAACUAAACAUUUUAAGUUGUAUUGACAUAGGUGAUCAUUAAUAUUUACGAAAAGUCAUCAGUUCAGUUAACUAAUUUUCUUUGUACCCCCAACUUGUUUGAAAUAAUUGUCUUAAGCUAAACAUACAUAUACAUUACAUUUAUCACUACUUAAAUUAAUUUGUUAACAUAAAUGAGAUUUCUUCAAAUGUAAUUAGACGAUAUUGUAUUGUAUUGAAGGGAAGACAUUCAACACAUUUAAAUGUUCAGAAAAACAUUUAUUUUUCAAAAAAGUAAGAUAACAUUCUGCAGUGUUACAGUAUUGCACAAACCCUGUUGAUGAAAAGACAAGUAAAAAAAUAUUGAACUGAAAAUAUUUACAAAUUAUCCAAACAAAAAAGACAUUAAUUACCUGAAAAAAAUGAAAAUUCUUAUGAAAAAUAAGUGCAAUUUUAACAAUAUUAUGCCUAAACUUAACAUUUGUACAUUUGAAUUGUGGACCCAAUUUUUAACCCAAUAAUGAAAAAACAAAAACAAAAACUUGAACACUACAGCUUUAAGCAGAAAUAUUAAACGUGAUAAAUAUUGUCCACACAAAAUUAUAUCCUAAUAGAAAUAUUAAAAAAAAGAGUCCAACCUUUAAAGCAGACAUACUAAUACAUAUUUGUCAAUAAGUAUUUUGACAUUUCAUGUUACCAAGUUCCUGGCACUGGAAUUUAAAUUUAUUAUUAUACCCCCACCCCAUAGGGCGGGGUAUAUACUGUAGAUAUAUCACAAAUUCCAUCCAUAUGUCAAAGAUUUUUGUCCAACCUAGUCUCAAAGGCCCUUCACCAGAUUCUUUUCAAAUUUCAUUUUUUUUUUUUUUUUUUUUUUUUUACUACUAGGAGAGGUGCAGUGCACAGUUUGAUGGCUGAAUUAAAUUUUUUUGCAUUAUUAUUAUUAUUAUUAUUAUUAUUAUUAUUAUUAUUAUUUUACACAAAAUAGUUGGCAUGUAUUAAAUUAAUCAAGUAUUUUGAUCACAUUAACGGUAUUACUUAUAUUAUUUUGUUUCACAAUGACAGUAAACUGUUUGUUGGGUUGUAGACCGAACGAAAACCCUUAAGAAUAUCACAUUUGGCAGAGUGAAAUACUGUUUCAUAAAUUUCUUACAUUUAUAUACAUUUUUAUUUGGAAUAUGUUUUACUGUAUAUGUUAUAUAUACAUUCAAAUAUUUUUACAUGAUAUUUAAUUUUUUUCCACAUAUGGAUUAAAAAUAAAUAAAUAAAAAAAAUAUAAUUACUACAACCAUAACUGAAAAAAAUUGACAAAAAGCACAUUGAUACCAAUAAUAAUCAUCUGUAAAUAAUGUAAGGCAAUUUAAAGAAUUUGUCAGAUUAUGUUCCAAUAGUAAUAAAAUUAUGUUUUAUAGCUCGAACAACUAAUCAAUUAAUGGACCAAACUUCAGAAUAAUCGACAGUGAAAGCACUACUUUCAGCAGUAAAGUGAACUGAUGUUUCUGAACUGAGGUUUUUCCAUUUAAAAAGGACUGUUUUUUCACUGCAGUUUUUUAUCUGCAGCAAGUUUAAACAUUUUCUACAUUUAGUGUCAGAUCAGCAGUUCUGACCACACUCAGAUGUUGGCACUAAUCAUUCACACACUCCACCACCAUAUGGGGGUCGAGUGGGGACAAAUGUGGUGUGACUGGAUGGACCGGGUGGUAUGAUUCAAUGACCUUGGUGCCCGUGAUUAAGGUUACUGUGUGUCAUCUGAGAAGUGUGCUGAACUUUCCCCUAUAUUUACUGAAAAAAUACUGUCUGCCUCCUCAACCACAGCUACAAUAUCAGACAGACUGGACCUUUUGCUUUUACGUAAUCGUGGAGAAAAGACGAAUUGACAGCAGUAUCAGACACAUGGAAAGAUAAUGUGUAGAAAUAAGGACAGUUGGACUUAUUUAAGUACAAUAACCUGAACUGUCUUGCUGAUUUUUUAUUACUUUUUAGAAACCAUCUUUAUUUUAAUGCGAAAAUUAUUAUUUUUUUAAAAAUGGAUAUAGGAGAUUUUAGAUUGCUUAAAAAAAUUGUUUGUAGGAUCACCACAAAGUGAAUAUUAUUGAUAAUUCAGAAGUACUUUUAUUGAUGGAAUUAUCUUAAGAUGUUACACAACAUAACUUUUUUGUGGGUCAAAGUCUCAUGUAUCCUCAUAAACCUACAGCACUUAUCAGGGUUUUAUCAUUCUUUUACCCAACAGGCCUCUUCAUGCAUAUCUGAUAAUGUCGGUGCCUAUAAGUCAUUUUUCGAUAAUAAACAUCCUCUUAACUUUCUGAAGCCUUGUCACACUGAUUUAAAAGGUCUCUGAAGUAUCUGUAGCUGUUCUUUGUGUUCUGUGUUGUUUUUAAUCAUCACAGGUGAAUGCCAUUGUCAGAGAAACUACAACAAACACAGCCGCAGACUGUUUUUGUGUGUCAGGUAGCAGGUCUUCUUCACCUUGGAGACUCAUAACCUUUGGUGCACAGUGUUGGUGGAUUUUUAACCAGUCGACGUAACCUCAGCGGCAGACACACAGGAUUGUGCAAGUGUCUGUAGUUCUGGACGAGGCGUGAGUGGUGGGCACAUUUCUUUGAUGCGAGUCCCCUAUAGGCUGACGCUUUUCCCAGGGUGCAACAGUCGAACACCUGAGUUGGGCAAAGGUUGAUGCUGGUUUUUCCUACUACACCUGAAUGCUCCCAUCAAGUUGAUUCCAUUCAGCUGCGUCGCCUGAGGAGAGACAGAGUCAAUCUUAAAACACUCCUUCAGAUCUGCUCGCUGUAGUUGUGGGCUAAACAAACGGCGGUAAAGAUUGAAGAUGGACGACAGGGAUUUAGUGAUGAGUAAUGGGGUCGCAGUCAUGGAUGCUGUAUCUGACAGCAUCCCUAUCCAGAAAAUGCAGAUUCACUCUGACUCCCCAAGUGCGUUGGAUGAGCUCAAAGUCACCCUCAUGGUUAAUGGAGAGGUUAUAGACAAACCGAUUGAGAACGGAGGAGUUGAAUCAUAUUUGCAGGAAUCUGAAGACUCUGAGCUCAGUUCGUCACCAGCUCCAGAGAUCCAAGAGUCUGAACCUGUCACAGACAUCCAGGCACCUGCUCAGCCUCCAAAAUCUACUGAUCUAGAAGGAGCUACUGAAGAAGUCCCACCAGAUGAGCCUAAGCCAGUUCCCUUGUCGUUGGCGAGUGGAGUGACAACUUUAGCCUCAGCUGAGCAGUUUUGGACCACAAGCCGUGACAAGGCCGUGCGGCUGAGGAUGGAGGGCUCGGGUCCGGGGUCUGAGACUCCCAUCACCACCCAUCAGAUGUUUCUGGAGACUGUGGAGAACUUUGGGGAUCACCCAGCCUUGGUUUCUAAAAAGAAUGACCAGUGGGAAAUCAUGACAUGGAGGCAAUACUACGAGCAGUGCAGAGCAGCAGCUAAAAGUUUCCUCAAGCUGGGGCUGGAACGUUACCAUGGUGUGGGAAUUCUGGGAUUCAACGCUCCUGAGUGGUUCAUCUCGGACAUUGGCUGCAUCUUUGCCGGGGGUCUUGCAACUGGCAUCUACGCCACCAACUCACCUGAGGCUUGUCAGUAUGUGGCUCACAACUGUGAGGCCAACGUCCUGGUUGUGGAGGACAACAGACAGCUUCAAAAGAUCCUGCAGGUUAAAGAUCAACUACCUCACCUGAAAGCCAUCGUUCAAUAUAAAGGCGAACUGCAGCAGAAGGCACCGUUCCUGUACACAUGGGCGGAGUUCAUGAAGCUGGGGGAGGAUGUACCCAACAAGCAACUCAAUGAUGUAAUUGACAGUCUUCGAGCCAAUGAAUGCUGUACACUCAUCUAUACCUCAGGAACCACCGGAAACCCCAAAGGAGUCAUGUUGAGCCACGACAAUAUCACAUGGACAACCACCACAGCAGGUAACAUGGUACAUCUAAAUUUUACCGAGGAGGUUGUGAUCAGUUACUUGCCACUCAGCCAUGUUGCAGCCCAGGUCAACGACAUGUGGAUGGUUAUGAAGUUUGCAGGGACCACCUAUUUUGCAGAGCCAGAUGCCCUGAAGGGAUCUUUAGGACAAACACUGAAAGAGGUGCGUCCCACUUCUUUCCUGGGAGUUCCUCGUGUGUGGGAGAAGAUGCAGGAAAAAAUGAAAGCUGUUGGUGCCAAGGCAUCUCCAAUGAGGAAAAGAGUGGGAGACUGGGCCAAGUCCAUAGGACUGCAGUACAACUACAGUGCCAUGAAUGGGGAGAAUGCGGUUCCUUGGGGCUUCAUGUUGGCUAACACCCUUGUCUUCAAGAAGGUGCGGGCUGCAUUGGGCUUAGAUCGCUGUAAAAUAUGUUUGACAGGAGCAGCACCCAUCACCAAAGAGACUCUGGAGUACUUCAUGAGUCUGAACAUCCCCCUGUUGGAGUUGUACGGCAUGAGCGAAAGCUCUGGUCCACACAGUGUCUCCACAAACAGUGAUUACAGAAUUACAAGCUGUGGAAAAGUAAUGCCUGGCUGCAAGAUAAAACUUGACAAACCUGAUGAAGACGGGAACGGAGAGAUUUGUUUCUGGGGACGUAAUGUUUUUAUGGGCUACCUGAACAUGCCUGAUAAAACAGUAGAGGCUCUGGAUGAGUCUGGCUGGCUACACUCUGGUGAUCUGGGCAAACAUGACCAAUUCGACUUCCUGUACAUCACUGGAAGGAUCAAGGAAUUGAUCAUCACAGCAGGCGGAGAAAACAUCCCACCAGUGCUCAUUGAAGAUGCAUUGAAGGCUGAGACCCCCAUCAUCAGCAAUGUUAUGUUAGUUGGAGACAAGCUCAAGUUCCUCUCCAUGCUGAUCACACUCAAAUGUGUCGUGGAUGAUGACGGCAAGCCCACAGACGAGCUGAGCCCUGAAGUUUUGGCCUUCUGCCAACAGAACAAUGUCAGGACAACCAAGGUUUCAGAGAUCAUAACCAACAAGGAGCCAGUUAUUUACAAUGCCAUCCAGGAGGGCAUAGAGCGCAUCAAUGCCAAAGCCACCUCCAACGCCCAGAAGGUCCAGAAGUUUGUCAUACUGGAGAGAGACUUCUCUAUUGAUGGAGGGGAACUGGGUCCCACCAUGAAGCUGAGGAGGCCAGUUGUUGUGAAGAUGCACCAGGAGACAAUAAAUGAAAUGUAUGCAGUGACUGAAAAUAAGUAGUUUGAAACCACUUUUACCAAUAUGAUAAGACAGCACUAAAGGAAGACGGGUCAUGAGAAGACAAGGGACGUCUUCAUAAAAAUCGAACUGUGCCCAAAGUCAUGUUCAGAUAUUUAAGCUCUUCUAUUUAAUGUUGACCUUUCACCUGAAUUUAAGAAAAGUUGAAACAAGGCUGUAGUAGCAUAAGCAGACAG